UCUAUUGACUGGUUCUCCUGGAACAUACUUAAGAGACCCCGUUGAGAGGACCUUUUCUCUCUAUAAAGAGAAGAUGCAGCCCAGGCGUGUUUGAAAUGAUCCAGAGGAUUUAUUGCGAUACUUUCCUCGCACUUCACAAGACACUCUCGUCGUAUGAAGACGAUUGGGUUGGAAAAAAAGUAUACUGGAAAGAGUUCAUCUUCUCAGACCUCUAAAAUUGUUGCCAAGCGGAACAAGGAAAACUUGAAUUACUGGAUUAUUUGUGCUCAGUCUCGGACGGCUCAGUUUGGCAGUCCUUCUGGACCCGAGUGCGUGUGAAUCACUUCCCUUCACAGCUGCUUGUACUUGGUUUAAUUCGUGCGUCGCUGCCUCUCCUCGCGGCUCGUCUUGCAGGUGCGGAGACACGGAGCGCGUGGACAGAUGGCUGCGCUGACUAUACAGAGGACUGACAACUUCUUGCAUACAUUUUUGCAGGACCGCACUCCCAGCUCCUCUCCAGAGGGAGCCCCUAACGCUCUGUCAUUCCUGGCUACCACCUGCAGCCAGGCCUGGCAGGUGGGUGGCACUGUGGCCUCAGAGAGUGCCCAGUUCCCCUACGAGGGGGCGGUAAGCUCCACCACAGGGAUGUUUCAACUCUGGAGCAACGAGGUGGCCCCCAGCGCCGGCCUCGGCUCCCACCAGAUGACCUUCACCGUGCCCAAGGUCCAGUUCCCUGGCAACAUGCAGCCUGGCCUGGGCCCUCACCCCCACCUCCAUCACCACCAUCACCACCACCACCACGAGCUGCCUCUUACCCCCCCAGCUGAGCCCCCGUCCGCCUAUUCAUUCGAGCUCUCCCCCGUCAAGGUGCUCUCCUCUCAGUCGCAGGGCAGUGGCCCCUACUACCCUCAACACAACACAGUGGGGCAGACUUUCCCCAGCUUCCUCCAGAACUCCUCUGCCAGGCACCACCUCUCCGGGGCUCACAUGGAGGAGGGCCAGCAGUGGUGGAGCCUCCCCCAGACUAACGCCACCCCCUCCAACCACCACUUCUCCCUGGGCAGGCAGCUAGUCCUGGGCCACCAGCCCCAGAUCGCCGCCCUCCUCCAAGGCACCUCCAAAGGCCUGCUGAGCUCCACGCGCCGCUGCCGCCGCUGCAAGUGCCCCAACUGCCAGGCCAACGGCGGCGGGCUGGAGUUCGGCAAGAAGCGCCUGCACAUUUGCCACAUCCCCGAGUGCGGCAAGGUGUACAAGAAGACGUCCCACCUGAAGGCCCACCUGCGCUGGCACGCCGGGGAGAGGCCCUUCGUGUGCAACUGGCUCUUCUGCGGCAAGAGCUUCACGCGCUCCGACGAGCUGCAGCGCCACCUGCGCACGCACACCGGGGAGAAGCGCUUCGGCUGCCAGCAGUGCGGCAAGAGGUUCAUGAGGAGCGAUCACCUGUCCAAACACGUCAAGACCCACCAGGGCAGGAAGACCAGGGCUGGACAGCCCUCCCAGCACGGUUCCUCCGACCCCCUUCUCACCAACAUCAAGAGGGAGUAAGAGGGGGCCAAAUCACACUGAACAGAGAGAGAAAGAGAGAGAGAGACAUGAGGAGACUGUGUUUAACUAACUGGGGACAGGAAGAUGAGCAAUCGUCACAGCCUCUCUUUCUCAAUUUCUGUAGGCAAAGCCAUACUUUUCACUUCAGCGUUGGUCUGAUCCCUCAUCAUAUUGUUCCCACAAUAUGUGUUUUCGAGGCAUUUUAGGACAACCAAUGUAAGGAGCAAUACACUCGAUAAGGAGUUUAUAUGAGUUCAAGGAAUUUCGAGACUUAUCAAUUUAAGAAUGUCAUGCAACAAUAACAAAGCAGUGUUCCUGAUUUUCUUUCCAGUCGUUUAACAGGAAACAUUAGAGAUACGUUCCUGCCUGUUUUAUUCAGCAGCAGUACAAGGCUUUCCUUUAUCAUUUCACUUAAACAUGUUUUAAAUACAUUUGAUGAAUGUAUGUGGGGCUCAGGAACAAAAUGUAGAAUAUAAGAUAAUGCACAUUUCACAUUUUGAGUUGUCUCACCACUGGAAUUUACAAUAUGCAAUUUAAAGUCCACAUCAAUGAUUUGAACAUUGUAGUCGUACUAACAAGGUGAGUUGCUCCAGUAUUUUGUAGUUUCCAGUUGAAUUACCUUGUUUGCUGUUGAUUAUUCAACAAAGUAUUUAAUGAAUCUACCAGUGGAGGAUGAGACCAGUGCUGAAAGUGAAAAUGAACUCUUUUUUUUGUAUCUGCAAAAUGAUUAAUAUAUUUAAUCCUUGCGUGAGUUGCCAUUGCUGUGGAAUAUAGGAUAUCAAUUUAAAUGUGUAAGCCUCUUGUAGAUAAUGUGUAUAUUUGCCCUACAACAAAAAUGCAUGUACAUUUUAAUAAACAUAGUUUUGUGCC